UAGGAAAGGACAACACACCGGAGUGGGUUUGCAUCGCCUUCAACCCUGGACAAAAACCCAAUCACCGGCCUGUCUAUAUAGCUUCCUUCUCUUGGGAAAAAUUCCCCUUCGCCGUCGGGCAAGAUGAUGAAGAUCAAGAUCCUCCACCGUUACGACAUCUCGCCGCCGCCGGACUCAGUCCCGGCAACGGCUCUCCCUCUCACCUUCUUCGACAUCCCGUGGCUUCUCUGCUGCCCAAUGCAACGCCUCUUCUUCUACGACUUCCCUGAAUCCCCUUCCUCUUUCGCUCAGACCACCCUCCCGCUCCUGGUCCGCUCUCUCUCCCUCUGUCUCCGCCGCUUCUUCCCCUUCGCCGGCAGCCUCGUCCUUCCCCUGGCGCCGCCCCAGAAGCCCUACAUCCUCUACUCCGUCGGCGACUCCCUCUCACUGACCGUUGCCGAGUCCACCGCUGACUUCGCCGAGCUCAUCAGCGACGAGGCGCGCAGCGCCACGCUGAUACAUCCUCUGGUGCCUCAGCUCCCACCGCCACGUAAGUCCGAAGGCGCACAUGUGAGACCCAUCAUGGCAAUUCAGGUGACCCUGUUCCCAAACAAGGGCAUUUGCAUUGGGGUCCAGUUCCUCCACGUGGCAGCAGAUGGCAGGUCCUUCAAUCACUUCAUGAAAUCGUGGGCGUCCAUUCAUAGGUCCGGAGGAGACCCCAAUUGCUUUGACCCAAACGACUCGAGCCCUUUCCAUGACCGAGAAGCGAUCAAAGAUCUAAAUGGGCUCGAGCCCAUGUUGUUGAAAGACUGGUGGAGUUGUGUGGGCUCUAGCCCAAGACCAAGUCCGAGCCCAAGCGAAGCUCUUCUCGCGGUUUCAGACAAGGGGAGAGCAACGUUUGUCCUAGGAAAAGCUCACAUCGACGGGCUAAAAGCGCAAGUCUUGAGCGAACUCAAGAAUGCCGGCGACGGCGACUUGGAGUCGGAGCCAAUCCACUUGUCGACAUUCGUGGUGACGUGUGCAUUCGUAUGGGUAUGCAUGAUCAAAUCGAAAGACCAAGAACACCAGCACCGCAUCCAAGAGUCAUCAGAGAGCAACGACAACGAGCUUUGUCAUUUGUGCUUCGUCGCAGAUUGUAGGGACCAACUCGAAUACUCAAUACCCUCAACAUACUUUGGGAACUGUUUGGGCAUAUAUUUCCUCUCGGAGAAGAGGAGUACACUCUUGGGCAAAAGCGGAAUUUCCCAUGUCGCGAGGGCUCUAGGGGGAAGAGUCAAGGAAGUGAAGACCAGUGAAGGAUUGAGAGGGGCAGAGCGAUGGAUAAGAGACUUCAAUGCAGCUAAAAAUGGGGACUUGGUGAUACUGGCUGGGUCGCCGAGAUUGAAGGUGUAUGACACCGACUUCGGGUGGGGGAGACCGACGAAAAGCCACGUGGUGCACGUAGACACAUCUAGGGCGAUUGCUCUUGCCGAGAGUAGGAAUGGGGAUGGUGGUGUGGAGGUCGGGUUGGCAUUGACUAAGGUUUGCAUGGAGAAAUUUGUUUCUUUGUUUGAAGAGGGAUCAAGAUCAUUUAUGUCUCUUUAGUAUAUAUAUUGUCCAUAUAAUCCCGCGUCAAUUUCCACAGAAAUUCUUAUAAUUCGGGUGUAACAACAUUGGUCUUUGUACAGUUUAUCGACAAAUAUAAGGGCUUCCGACUUUGAGAGCAAAA